GAGCGUACGGCGGGUUUGUCACUGAGAGGAAAAACAACGAGCGCUCGCGCGUAGCAUGUCUUGACGAGUAGGACAGGCGCUUCGUUCACGGCAGAUAAGGGUUCUCCAUUAUGGCGGGCGGUCAACAGCUUCCGGAGCAGUACACAGUACCACAAUACGCGAGGAUCUUCCAUAGUCUGCCGCAUCUGAAUGUCUCUUUACAUUCGGUCAAUAAUACGUUCAAUCCCCACUCCGAGAUCUAUUUGGAGGUAGGUUCGCUCGGCACGAAUCCGUCAAUUCCGACUUCCUUGGCCCCAAUUGUCAUCCCCGAUUGCACUCCCUUCGCCUGCAGCCACCAUGGUGUGCGCAAAAUCGAUCUCAUGGAUUUAAACAAAUAUUCGCUAAUUCCUGUUAGUACUUCAAUCUUAGAACAUCAGAAUUUUCCGGCAGUCAUCCCGCGGGAUAUCCUCUUAACAACCACAAACGCCAAUGGCACUUUGGAUUAUCGCCUUUGGUCGGCUGGAGAGGUCGGCUUUGCAUUACCGGGCCGUAAUGCAAAGGGAAAAAAGAAAGAAACGAUUCACAUGUCCAUGGAAAGUAGCGGACAUGGCGAGGACACGGGAAAAAGAAGAGACAAAAAGAAAGAGAAGAAAGGAGGACGAGAGGUUGGUGGAGAGAAAAAAAGGCCAGAAGAGGGCAGGUGGAUACCACGAAUGGGCAAGAAUCCGAACCCCGUGAGUGUAACUGAAAAGCACAAUGCCUGGGAAAGCUUAAACAAUGCACAAAGGCUUUCGCAUAAUGUGCCCGGGGCGACUCACGGCAACGGGCUCCAACAUCUUCGGGAACUACGUCGGAGCACAUCCCGCCCUCUCUCCGCGACGUGUUCUCCGUGCGUUCCUCACACUUUUAGCCUCGGGAUACUGGGAAGUAUUCCGGCAGCCUGGUUGAUCUUAACUUUACUGGUAUUGCUGGUUUAUUUGGUAACAAGAUGCUGCGACCGGAGGCCGCGCCCCAAGAAGUCGAUAACCGCGUUGAAGUUUUCGCUGGCCAUCCUAGCGUUGCUGUGUAGUGGAGCAGUGGCUGUUGGUCUUUAUGGCAAUGACGACGUACACAACGGCUUGGUACAACUCAUAGCAGCGGCGAAAAACGUCGACGGGAUCCUUAUGGGCGUCAGAAAUCAGACUGACACUAUAGAAGCAACUCUGAAGAGAAAAGUGCAGCCGCAACUAACUGCUCUCGGAGACGAAUUCGAUGCCCCGGUCAGUAACAAAACCAUGCUAAGUUGGCUGCUAGCGGCACUUAAUGGCAUGAAACAAAAUACAAGCAUCGCUGUAAAUCGGAGUUUUGAGAUACGAAAACCUUUGAGCGGUAUUAGUCUUGCCGGCGCCAUCGGGAUGGGUGAGAAGAUCGAGCAGUUGCGAUGGCCUAUCACUAUGGCGGUCUUGAGUGCUCUACUUGUCCUCUGCGUAGUUCUGGUGGUUGGUGUUGCGCGGCAUUCCAGAUGUGUUCUCAUAACAUUUUCCGUAUUCGGCUUGUUUGCGGUUAUCGUCUCUUGGCUCAUGGCGUCCUUAUAUCUGGCCACUUCUGUAGCUCUAGGUGAUCUCUGCGUCUCACCCGAUGGUUACUUGAGCAGAGCCGUACCAUCAACCUUAGCCUCUGAGGUACUCUCAUACUACACGCAUUGUGAGAACACACGAAGCAAUCCGUUCACGCUGAGAUUGCGAGAUACGCAACGUGCGGUGGAUAACAUGAGGCAUAAUUUGAAUACGGUGACUAAAUUAGCGCUAGAAUUGUUCAAAGACCAACAGCUCCAGCCAAAACUCAGCAGUUUAUCCACAGACGUUAAUACCAUUGACAGACUCAUGCCUGGUUUAUCCACGUUACUCGAUUGUAAACCUCUGCACAAACAAUACGUUCACGCCGCCAAGAGUUUGUGUCACUUGGGAUUGUAUGGAUUGAGCUUUAUGCUAAUAGCCAGUUUAGCUGCAGGUCUCUUAUUCACCGUAUUGGUUUGGGUGGAUUCUCAUACGUGGAUAUAUAUACGAAAACGAAGGGAUUAUCAUCAGGUUGACGAGCAAGAUCCUUACUUACCACCAUCAGCAGCGUCACAAGCGAUAGCAGCAAGGACCCUUCGAGGCCAAGGGUCGUACCCGCCUACAGCCCCUAUGCUUAAUUCGAAUGCUCUUGGCACUCAUAAUACGAUUAAGCAGCCUCUCUUGCUAACGCCGCCCCCACCGUCCUACGCUACUGCGACUGCUCGAGCACGUCAACUGCACGAGAGCAUGUUAAAAGGUGGGGGUGUUAACGGGAGCGGAGGGGGCGGGGAUCACAAAUCGUCUCAGCAUAAUCAGCAAUCAACGGGUGGACGGACUGAGCACCGUUCUGGACUCGGAGAUCAACCUGGCCAGUACGCGACUCUGAGCAAACAGUGCAAGACGCUAGAAUCUAGUAGAGAACCACCUUGGACGCCCAGCGUGGCUUCCUUCACCGGUACCCUGUCUCAUAAUUCACACGGGCCCGCGCAUCUUGCCACUUUUCAGGAUUCGCGAAAGACGCAAACGCUGGAUCCGAAAAACCUGGCUAAUCUAAAGAGAGGUCCGACUCAGGCCUGGAAUCAAAAUCGACCACUUCCGCCGAAUCCCGCGAGUCAGCAACCUACGUGGGAGUUCGAGUCGCGCUCGCAGACUAACAUGAAUCAGUUUCGAUCGUUGGUGCGGAACAAGGCGCCUAACAUUCGCAUUCAGGAUCAAAUGCAAGAUCAAGUCAGAACUUUGGAUAGGAAUUUCUCGCGUAGCCAGUUCAACGGUACCACACCGCAGAACAACACGGUGCCGAACAUGUACGGCACAUACAAUCGAGCGCAGGGAAGGCAAGAGAAGCCGACAGUGGCUACGCUGAGUCAGGUACAGGGUAGUGAUCCUAAUUUGUAUGCCGUUACGGAACUCUAAUCGUGAAAGAGAAAAAGAAGGUGCGAAAUCGUGAGUAUUUGCAAAGUAGAGGCAUCGUCGACAAAGAGAGUUUUAUCUUUUAAAAUUCAGAACAUGCGAUUUCGGAGUUCCUAUAAAACAAGAGAGAAAAAUAAAACGGCAAACUGAUUUCAGAGACCUGCGAUAAAAGUGAGAGAAAUCAGGGGAGAGGGGGUAAAAAAGAUUUUUAGAGAACCUAGGAACUUGUGUGAGACAUACUUUAUAUCCAAGAUUUUGUACUUGUAUAUCAUGUACAGUGAUUGUGGUACGUCCUUCUAUGUUAUUCUCCCUCUUUGUUAUCGCGUUCUUGAUUAGACCGCGCGCGAAGUAUCCAAGGACUGGCCGGAAUGCAUACUUAAAUGUAUGCAAUUAUAUUGUUUGUUGGUCGACUUGAAAGCUGCAUGAACGAACAUGCACGAAAGAAACCUUCACACAAAGUUUUACAUUGAUAUCGUUUACAGAGAUACUGCUCGCUUGUUCAUUCUAAAUUAGCCGUUAAUUUCGCGUGUGACGUUUAACCGAGGAGUUAUAUAUCGCGACUUGGAGAUACCAAAAGAUGAUGAAGGAACUAUUGAAAUAUACGGUUUUUAUAUACUUUUUACAUUUUAACCGAACGAAUCUAUGUUGAAUUUUCCGUGAGAGAUAUUUAAUAUACUUUAUAUGUGUGUGAAAACGUAUACAUAUACAUCUAGUUACCGCACGAAUGUCUGGUGAUUUUUACGAGACUCUUUGGCAGAAUUCGAUUGAUUAUAAGUCACGCUCGAUACUGCCAAUGCUCAGGCGAAUAUACUUUUUAAGUACAAAGACAGUGGUAGCACAGGCGUUAUGAGUUUUCAGUUUUUAUGCGCAAACAAGAAAAAAAGUUGAAAGGGAAAUGAAUAUCCAACAACGACAAAAUAUUUGGAAAUAUACUUCCACAGGCGGUAUUAGUUAAAAAUACUCUUUUUAAAAAUAGUAAGGAAAAAUUAAUCUGUCGCAAAAAAAAAAACUAAAUCUUACUGUACUUUGUAAGGGUCGAUAUUUUGAAUUUUCUGCGGAGUGCAGUCUUCCUGAGACCUUCUGUAACAUCAGAGAUAUACCGAAUAUAUUUG